UGAGUGGCUCGACAGAGAGACCUUGAGAGACCUUGAGAGACGGACAAGGGAAGAAUGGCCGAAGGCUCAAAGGAAGAGCUGACUCCGCAGCAGGUUCAGGCCACCUACCAGCAGAUUGAGAAGGAAUGCUCGGUGAUGAUCAACAAGAUUGCAGAGUUGGAACAAGAGCUGAACGAGCACUCGCUUGUCAUCAAGGCCUUUGAUAAAGUUGACUCUUCAAGGCGGUGUUUUCGCAUGGUUGGCGGUGUCCUUGUAGAACGUACUGUUGCAGAGGUAAGACCUGCAGUGGAAGGCAACUUGGACAAGAUUCAGCAGGCAGUAAAUCAGUUGCAGGAGCAAUUGAAAAAGAAAACUGAACAGAGGACGCAAUUUAUCAAGAAAUACAACCUUGCCAGCCCGAAUCAGAAGGCAACGGAGACUGAAGCGCCGAGCAACAAGGGCGGAGGGAGCGUGCUGGUUUGAUGCGAAGAUCUCUGAAAUCCGUCGUCGCUCGCAGUGGGCACUGCAGGAUCUAAACAACUGGAGAUUACAGCAACAGUGGACAAGCACAGCAUGCUUUACAAGAAUGUUGAUGCAUCGUGGAGAC